ACCGCUCGGACGAUGGCUUCUGUUAGCAGAAAGAGACUCCUAAAGGAGGAGGAUAACAAAAUAGAGUUUGAGACCAGCGAGGAGGUGGAUGUCACGCCGACUUUCGACACGAUGGGCUUGCGGGAGGACCUGCUGCGCGGCAUCUACGCCUACGGCUUUGAGAAGCCAUCAGCCAUCCAGCAGAGGGCAAUCAAACAGAUUGUCAAAGGCAGAGAUGUCAUUGCUCAGUCUCAGUCUGGAACAGGAAAGACAGCCACCUUCUGUGUGUCCGUGCUGCAGUGCCUGGAUAUCCAGGUGAGAGAGACCCAGGCACUGAUCCUCGCUCCAACCAGAGAGCUGGCCGGCCAGAUCCAGAAGGUGCUGCUGGCACUGGGCGACUACAUGAAUGUACAGUGCCACUCCUGCAUUGGUGGGACCAAUGUUGGCGAAGACAUCAGGAAGCUGGACUACGGCCAGCAUGUGGUGGCUGGGACACCCGGGCGUGUGUUCGAUAUGAUCCGUCGCAGGAGUCUCAGGACCCGGGCCAUUAAGAUGCUGGUUCUGGAUGAAGCUGAUGAGAUGCUGAACAAAGGUUUUAAAGAGCAGAUCUAUGAUGUGUACCGUUACCUGCCUCCAGCCACACAGGUGGUUCUGAUCAGUGCCACGCUGCCACACGAGAUCCUGGAGAUGACCAACAAAUUCAUGACUGACCCCAUUCGCAUCCUGGUCAAACGUGAUGAGUUGACUCUGGAGGGGAUAAAGCAGUUUUUCGUGGCAGUGGAGAGAGAGGAGUGGAAGUUUGACACAUUGUGUGACCUCUACGAUACUCUGACCAUAACACAGGCUGUCAUCUUCUGCAACACAAAGCGAAAGGUUGACUGGCUGACUGAGAAGAUGAGGGAGGCGAACUUCACCGUGUCAUCCAUGCAUGGAGACAUGCCCCAGAAGGAAAGGGAGUCCAUCAUGAAGGAGUUCCGAUCUGGAGCCAGCCGCGUGUUGAUCUCCACGGACGUUUGGGCUCGAGGUUUGGACGUCCCCCAGGUGUCUCUGAUCAUCAACUACGACCUGCCCAACAACAGAGAGCUCUACAUCCACAGGAUUGGUCGGUCAGGUCGUUACGGUCGUAAGGGCGUGGCCAUCAACUUUGUGAAGAACGACGACAUCCGGAUCCUGAGAGACAUCGAGCAGUACUACUCCACCCAGAUUGAUGAAAUGCCCAUGAACGUGGCUGAUCUCAUCUGAAGUUGUCUUCGGAGCCCCACCCCCUUUUGUUACAUCAAGUCCAGUUUUUUAAGUUUGAAUUCUUUGUAAAUAAACCUUUGUUCUUUCCACAUUA